UCUUCUUCUUUUCCUCUUCAGUAUCGGGCGGCGUCGAGUCGCGUUGAAAAAUCUAUAAAAUCAUACCACCAACACAAACCCACCGAGAGAAAUUCUUUUCAGAAUUUUCCCCCUCCUCCUCCGCCGUUCUCCGCCGGGCCUUUUAUCAAAACCCUAGAAAAAUAUCCCCAAAAUCCCCUUAUCUAAUGGCACCAAAAGAAGUAGAAUCAGUAACUGAAACCCUAGAACCGUCAUCAUCAACAUCAAUAGAUCAAAGCAGAACAGAAACUGUAGAUUCAUCGUCAGUACAAUCGUCUUCUUCGUCUACGGCAACGGCAUCGUUGAAUAGGAAUGGAUCUACUGGGAAGAAACUACUUAAUGCUAAGGCGCCGGAAUUUGUUCCUAGAACUAAUUCUAGUAAUGGUCGGAGUACCGAUUUGUCAACACAGCAACCGUCUAGAAUCGUGAUUCAACAAAUUCAGACUCCAAUUCAUUUGUUUCCUUCGCCUAAUUUUCAUCAUCAGUUUCAGAAUUAUGGAUUUGGUGGUGGUGGUGGUGGAAAUAGUAGUGGUACUGGUACAGGUGGUGGUGUUGGUGGUGGGGAUCAUCAUGAUGUUGUUGGGAAUACUCAAGUACAAGUACAAGAUCCAGAUCCUGUUCCCAGAACUACUAAUGGGUUGUCUGAAGAGAUUUCUCUUAAGAUUGUGAAACAGGUUGAGUAUUAUUUCAGUGAUGCGAAUUUGGCGACAACAGAUCAUCUUAUAAAGUUCAUCAGUAAAGACCCAGAAGGAUUUGUGCCAAUAUCUAUAGUCGCGUCUUUUAAGAAGAUUAAAGCCCUUGUUAGCGGGCAUGCUCAACUAGCUUCUGUUCUCAAGAAGUCUUCAAAGCUUGUUGUAAGUGAAGAUGGGAAGAAGGUCAGGCGUCAUACUCCAUUCACCGAGUCAGAUAUGGAAGAAUUGCAGUCACGGAUUAUCAUUGCUGAAAACUUACCUGAAGAUCAUUCCUACCAGAACCUCAUGAAAGUAUUUUCUGCUGUUGGAAGUGUCAAGACAAUACGUACCUGCCAACCUCAGCCCUCUAAUGGUGCUGGUGGUGCAUCUGCAGCAUCUAAAUCCGGAAAAGGCGAAAACAUGCUUUACAGUAAUAAGUUGCAUGCGUUUGUGGAAUAUGAGACUGUUGAGCUAGCUGAGAAAGCUGUUUCUGAGCUUAAUGAUGAGAAGAAUUGGAGAAGUGGUCUAAGAGUCCGUAUACUGCUUAAGCGCAAGUCGAAACCUGCCCAAGGCAGAAAAGCAGUGCGUGAAGAUAAAGCAAAUGGUGAAGAAGAAGGCAUACCAGUAUCUGAGCAGCAACCAAAUGAGAAGCAGCAGGCGGAUGAUCCUUGUCAAUCCGUGUCUGCGGCCACAUUGAAUGAACAGAUUGGUGAGGAGUGCACUGAUAAGGAGGGUGGACAACCUAAGAAAGGUCGGUCCCGUGGAAGAGGCAAGGGUCGUGGUCGAGGUCAGGGUCAGGGUCAAGGGCAAGGGCAAGGGCAGUACCACCACAAUAACCACCACAAUGGCCACCACAAUAACCACCACAGUAACCACCACAGUAACCACCGAAAUGGUCACAUAGGUACUCCCCCUUCCACCAAUGCAUUUCAGAAAGAACAUAUAACCUUGGUGACUAAACCGCCUCCAGGUCCACGAAUGCCUGAUGGGACCAAGGGAUUUGCAAUGGGUCGGGGAAAGCCUCUUUUAACCAGUACUGCAUAGGAACUUCUGGAUCUCCUGUGUGAAUUAGUAGUGGCGUUACUGUAUGUGACGCUCGUAAUCUAUUCCUGGUUUUGAUGGUGGGUUUUAGUUAGGGUGCUAUCAAUCCAUUUGUUGUUCGUAAAAAAGAAAAUGUUUCUUGCUUAUUUUAGAUUCCUUGGUAGAGUUUGGAUUAAGCAAACUUAUGAGUAGAUUCUUUCUCCUAGUUUAUGAUGUAAAAAUUAAAAAAAAAAAAUAGAAAUAGAAAAAAAAGAAAGAAAAAUCUAGUUUAAUCUAAUAUAUACUUAGGGAUGGAUAAUUUCUUGUCUGGUAAAGAUUUGGAAUUGCAAUAUAUAAAUUAAUGAAACCCUUUCAGCA